CACAGGUGUAACCUCAAGACCACAGAUGUUACCUAAAGACCACAGGCGUUUCCCUCCACCUUCAGGAGGUUGUCUGACAGCUCCUCUGGUAUUUCUCCUGCUGUCUGAUGGAAAGGUCAAGGAUCUCACCUGACACCGAGUCCUGCUGAGUCCAGUCCUCCUCAGUCCUCCUUCGUGGGCCUGAAUUAGGACUUCAGAGCUUCAUAGCAGGAGGCUCUCAGGAGAACUGGACUGUGUUGGCCUAUACAGGUUCACACACACACACAGACACACACCUGCAGGUGGUGACUUCCUCCUCAGCUUUGACCUUUUGUGUGAAAACGACCUUCAGACAAAGCUUCUGAUUGGUCCUCAGCUUCCUGAGCUUUCACUUCAUAUGAGGGGCCUUCAUGUUGAAAACAAACGCACACAGAAUUCACCUACAGCCAUGAAUUUGAGGUGUGAGGAUCAAUAAAUAAUUAUUAGUGAAGCUGCUCCCCCCUUUAAUUAAUACCCACAGUAAUACCUGGUGUUUAAUGUGUGCAUGUGUGUGUGUGUGUGUGUGUGUGGGGGGGGGUGGGGGGGUGGGUUGUUGUUGUUAUUUGUGUGUCAGAUGGAAACAGAUGAUUUUCCUGAGGGAACCUUCGGAGCCACUGAUGUAGAAAACAGAGAAACCUGAGGAAACUGCAGCAGCAUUAAUAACACUGAUGUUUCAUUUGCCCCCCCGCCCCCCUCCCAGCCUCCUCACUGACGGAGGAGGAGCUCCCCCACACCCCCCCACCCCCGUCAGAGUGAAUGGGGUCUUUGUAACAGCCGGACGAGCGACAGCAGGAUUCACUGAGAGAGAGAGUCAGACAGGAUGUUUGUCUCCUUCGCUCAGCUGCUGCUCACUUUAUUUUCCUUUCAGUUUGAGCCGAUCACUGAUCAAUAAUCAACCUGCAGAUAAACAGACAGAGGAGAGGAAUCAGAUCAACAGCUGCACGGUUACAAACAUCAAAAAACAUCAACAACAACAUUGUUGGACAGUUUUACGUCUCUGCAUCAGACAGUUUGAGGUCUCCUCUGUGGACAGUUUUAGUCUCAGUGUUGGACAGUUUGAGGUCUCUGCAUCAGACAGUUUGAGGUCUCCUCGUUGGACAAUUUGAGGUCUCCUCUGUGGACAGUUUUAGUCUCAGCGUUGGACAGUUUGAGGUCUCCUCUGUGAUGGAGUGUCUCUGUGUUCUGAGCAUGCUCAGUUCCUUUGUCCUAUUGUUGUGGGAGGAGUCAGGUUGUGAGGCGAUGACGCUGAACUCCGUCCUCCUCCCUCAAUUGUCAGGAGAAGGAUUAGGAGGAGGAACAGCGAGAGGUGGUGUCGUCUCCCAGCAGAGGAGGGGGAGGAGGAGGAGGAGCUGGGUGUGGAACCAGUUUUUCGUCUUGGAGGAGUACACCGGAGACGAGCUGCUGUAUGUGGGCAAGCUCCACUCUGAUGUGGAUAAAGGUGAUGGGCAGGUGAGGUACGUCUUGAAUGGUGAAGGAGCAAUGUCCAUCUUCACCAUUGAUGAGAACACAGGAGACAUCCAUGCCACCAAGAGGCUGGACAGGGAACAGCAGGCAUACUACACCCUGAGAGCUCAGGCUCGAGACCGAAACACCAACCUACUGGUUGAACCGGAGUCCCAGUUCAUCAUCAAAGUCCAGGACAUCAACGACAACGAACCCAAGUUCCUGGAUGGACCAUACGCAGCCAGAGUGUCUGAGCAGUCUCCUGUAGGUACAUCGGUGGUGACAGUAGUGGCGACAGAUGCUGAUGAUCCGACUUAUGGAAACUCUGCCAGACUGGUUUACAGCAUCCUGCAGGGUCAGCCAUAUUUCUCUGUGGAGCCCACAACAGGUGUGGUGCGGACAGCUCUACCAGAUCUGGAUCGGGAGCUGCAGGACCGGUACCUGUUGGUUGUCCAGGCCAAAGACAUGGUUGGUCAGAUGGGAGGUCUGUCAGGGACCACCUCUGUUACCGUGACGCUGACUGACGUCAACGACAACCCGCCUCGCUUCCCCCGCAAGAGUUACCAGUUCAGUGUUCCAGAGUCUGUACUGGUGUCGGCUGUGGUCGCUAAGAUCAAAGCUCUGGAUCUGGAUGUUGGUCCAAACGCUGAGAUGGACUACAGGAUCCUGGACGGAGAUGGACUGGGAACCUUCAGGAUCCUCACUGAUCCAAACACACAGGAAGGACUGGUCAUUCUGCACAAGACUCUGGACUUUGAGACCAAGUCCAGCUACACUUUGCGGGUCGAGGCAUCCAAUCGUUACGUUGACACUCGUUUCCUGUCGGUGGGUCUGUUCAGUGAUGUGGCGACGGUUCAUCUGCUAGUGGAGAAUGUGGAUGAGCCUCCGGUCUUCUCCUCCUCUGUCAGUCGGAUGGUGAUCUCUGAGGCGGCUGCAGUGGGAACUGAUGUGGGAUCAGUUUCAGCUAAGGACCCUGACACCACCAACAGUCCAGUCAGGUACUCUAUAGACCGGAGGUCUGAUGUGGACCGGUACUUUACCAUCGACAGUCAUUCAGGUCUGAUCAGAACAGACCGACCUCUGGACAGAGAGAUUGUCACUCUGCACAACAUCACCGUUGUUGCCACAGAGAGCCUGGAUCCUUCUCAGGUGGGGAAAGCUGUGGUUCUGGUGUCUGUGACGGACAUUAAUGACAACGCUCCGAGCUUUGCUAUUGAGUACCAAACGUUUGUCUGUGAGAACACCAAACCUGGACAGGUCAUUGAGACCCUCAGUGCUGUGGACCGAGAUGAACCAGAGAACGGACAUCACUUCCUGUUCUCUCUGACCACCGAGGCUGCUGGGAACCUCAACUUCACCCUGAGAGACAACAAAGACAACACAGCGUCCAUCCUGACUCUGCGUGGUGGUUUCCUGCAGUGGGAUUGGCCGGUUCACCUCCUGCCAGUGGUGAUUUCAGACGGCGGCAGCCCAUCUCUCAGUAGCACCAACACAUUGUCUGUCACCGUCUGCGACUGUGAUCUAGAUGGACACAGACGCUCCUGCAGCAAGGGGGCGUCGCAGUUGCUGGUGGUCGGACUGAGCACUGCUGCCACCGCUGCCGUCCUCACCUGCAUCCUUACACUGCUGGGUGUUGUCAUGGUAACGCUCGCCAUCAGACACCGGAGGAGGGAGCCUCUGAUGGUGGACGAUGAACGAGACGUUCGUGAGAACAUUGUCUGUUAUGAUGAUGAAGGUGGAGGUGAGGAAGACACUGAGGCCUUUGACAUGUUCGCUCUGAGACACCUGAACCAAACAAACCAAACCUGCCGAGACCCAGACCUGCACCCACCUGGACUCCCCAGAACUCCAGAGUCCAGGACGGACAAAAACCAGCUGUUCCAGGAGUUCAUCAGGGACAGACUGCAGGAGGCAGACCUGGACCUGACGUUGCCCCCCUACGACUCUCUGGAAACCUACGCCUUUGAAGGCAGCGGGUCAGCCGCUGAGUCGCUCAGCUCGUUAAACUCGUUAGACUCAUUAAAGUUGUUGGAGUCUGAGCAGAACUAUGACUUUCUGAGAGAGUGGGGGCCUAGGUUCAAGAAGCUCGCAGACCUCUAUGAACACCAAGAGGGAGGAGGGGUCACCUCGUAGUCCUCAGUCUGAAGAGACUACAGGAGGUGUAACAACAGGUGUGUCAAUACAGCAGGUACAGGGGGCGUGGUCAAAGGAGGCCUGUGUGUUUCACCUGUAUCCAACCUGUCUGAUCCAGGUCAGCUGCUGGACUUCAACAUCCAUCAAACGAAAUGUUUUAUCCAUUUACAUUUGAAGUUUUUAUUUCCUCAUUUUUAAAGCUGACACACAUCUGUUUUAUGAUCCUUCACUGCUCACCUGACCACAGUGUCACAUGGUCUGUGAUGUCACCAGCAGGUGGGUUAGGUGCAUCUGGUUUUCACUCAGUUAAACUCAACACAGACCUGCACCUGCUGUGUGACCCUGAAAACACCAUACCCAAAACAGCUUCAGAAGUUUUAGAUGUUUCAGUCUCAGGAAGGAUCAAGAACCUCAGAGUAAACCUGACAACACCUGACGACACCUGAUCUGAACCACUGCUCCGUCACAGCUGGAGCUCUGGAGGUCAAUACCCAGAACUUCAGACCCAGACUGUCUUUAUACAGUAUUUGAGGCUGAAGUAAACAAGCAGCAGAACCGACAGACUGAGUUUGUGUCUGUCAGCAGGUGGCGCUGUAAACACCUGAUGACUCAUGAGCCACCUGACCACUGUUUAACCACGUCACCUCCUUUUUUAAAUAAAGUUUAAUUUUGUUUAAUUUAACAGUUUGUUUGUCACUGAAGGACCAAAUCAGUGAAGGCUUGUUAACAAACCUCCAUUUGUUUUUACAUGUGAUGGUUUUCUUUUCUUAUUUUAUUUAAUUUCAACUGUUCAGAUGUUUGUCAGAAGAACCUACCGAUAAUAAAAGAUGUGAAAUAAAACUUCAGAGAGUUGUUAAUUAUUACACCAGUGAUGUACAGUGAUGUAAAGUGUCUUUGGGUACCUUAAAAAGUGCAAUAAAUUAAGUGUAUUAUUAUUAUUGUUGUUGUUGUUGUUGUUAUUAAGAUAAUUCUCUAUUAGUACCACAGCUGGGAAAUUGUUGUUGUUGUU